GGGUCGCGGCGGCAGGGGCAGGGGCAGGGCCCCGCCUCCAGGGGCAGCUCUCCCGGCAACAGCACCGGCGGCUCGCUGCCCGGCUCCAGGGGCGCCGAGAGCAGCUCCAGCUCGGACCUGCUGGAGGUGAGCGCCACCGGGUCGCUGAGGUCGCCCUCCACUCCAGAGGACAACAUCAACGUCGUCGUGCGAGUGCGGCCGCUGAGCAAACGGGAACUCAAAUCGGGCGACAACUCAGUGGUGCAGUUCCCGGGCAACGGACAAGUCGUGCUGAACGCGCUGGAGUGCGCGGCGGCGCUGGGCGGCAGCGUGCGGCCCAAGGUGUUCUCGUACAACGCCGUGUUCGAGCCGGCGGCCACACAGGAGGACGUGCUGCAGUACUCGGGCGUGACGCGCCUCAUCGACAUGGCCGUCGACGGCUACAGCUGCACCUGCUUCUGCUACGGCCAGACCGGCUCCGGCAAGACGCACACCCUCACCGGGCCUCCCGGACUUUUCGACCAGCGGCCCAACCCUUACUCGGAGGACCACGGGCUGGUGUUCCGGUCGUUCGUGCACCUCUUCAAGCUGCUGCAGGAGCGCCGCGACUGCCACUUCGUUCUCAAGGCUUCCUUCCUCGAGAUAUACAACGAAAAGGUGAUUGACCUGCUGAACCCGGGAUCGGCGCGGAAGCCGCUGGCGGUGCGCUGGUCCAAAAAGACGCGCAGUUUCUUCGUGGAGAACCUGUUCAGCGUCGACUGCGAGACCCUCGAUGACCUACUCGCCGUGCUCGAGGAAGGUAUGAGGAACAGGUCUGUGGGCAGGCACAACAUGAACGAGUACUCGAGUCGCAGCCACACCAUCCUGACAGUGCACAUCACGUCAGACCAGCAGGUCGGCAAUGAAGGAGUAUUUUUAACGAAGCAGGGUAAAAUCAACUUCGUGGACCUGGCCGGCAGCGAGAUGACCAAGAAGACACACAGCGAAGGCAAAACGCUCGAGGAGGCCAACAACAUUAACAAAAGUCUCAUGGUGCUCGGGUACUGCAUCGCCUCGCUGAGCGACAGCAGGAAGAAAGCGGGCCACAUCCCGUACCGAGACAGCAAGCUCACCAAGCUGCUCGCAGACAGCCUCGCCGGCAGCGGAGUCACGCUCAUGAUCGCGUGCAUCUCGCCGGCGCGGUCCAACGUGACGGAGACACUCAACACGCUGCGCUACGCCGCCAGGGCCAAGAAGAUCCGCACGCAGCCCAUCGUCGUCAUGGACCCUCGCGAGGCGCUGAUCCUGAGCCUGAAGCGGGAGGUGGCGUCGCUGCAGGAGGAGAACGAGCACCUGCAGCACGCGCUGCACCUGCACGCCGCCGCCGCCGCCGCCUCCGCCGCCGGCUCCACGGCAGCCGCCGCCAGCUUUCUUGUAGGUUACAUCGUUUUGAAGCACAGAACACCGCCGGCGCCGGACGCGUCCGCGCUGGCGGGCAUGGAGCGCGAGGAGCUGGUGGAGCUGGCGAGGCACUACGUGGCCGAGAACGCGGCGCUGCGCAGGGAGAACCUCGAGCUGUUCAGCACGCGCGAGCUGCUGCUGCGCGACCAGGAGGUCGUCUGCCGCGAGAACGAGCGACUACUCAAGAAGCUCGAGGACGUCAACUCGGUCUGCUGCCGUUCGCCAAUCAUCCCCGCGCGGCCGGCCUACUCCGCAGAGAUGCUGGCCGCCUCCAUCAACGGCAACGGCCCAGAGGCAUCAGCGGGCGGUCAGGCCACCGGCUCAGCAGUUUGGUCCAGUCCGACGCCGGAGGCUGCCAAGAACAACCGAAGAUCGGCCAAGCCACCACACAGAUUACCAGAUUCCAUACAGAAAGAACUUGAGCGAAGAAGAAUUGGCACCAGCAGUAUGACGAACAUCGCGGACUCGUUCCGAGAGCGCAGCCACCGGCGGCACAACUCGUGGGAGGAGUCUGGGGGCGGCGGCGGCGGCGGCGCUGGCAGCGCCAUGGCCAGCCCCGGGACGCCGGAGGAGCGGCCGGUGGUCACCACGUCACGCACCAGCGCUCUCAGUGUCUGCAGGUGAAGGAACAUAUGGAGGACAUUACCAGCAAGCAACAGCUCUCUCAGAUUCGAAUGGCCAUUAUAAGUCAGUGAACAUAAUAUAAUGGUGCAGUUUGCUCCACAUACCACCUUUGAACAAUUUAAGAAGACUUUGUUCUUCAGUUGUAUGCUGCAGUUAAUACCUGAUAAGUUGAGAAGCUUCCUUGUAUGGCAUGGUCAAGUUGUUUGUUUAUCAAAGCUGGAUUGUUGCAAGUGUUGUGCAGUGAAGAUCUGAUUGUGCAUCAAAUGAACUCUUCUGUCUGGUGAUAAUUUGCAGCUCCUAUCUAAUGAUGAUCAUCAAACCAUCUUAUCUUAUACAUAUUGUGAAGGAAAACAUUUGUAUAUUUACUAAAAACAUAACCUUAUGAGGUCAAAACUUCUAGAUGUCAAAUGGUCUAUUGCUAUGAGAAUGAUUCAUUGCCAUUGCAUCUUUCUGUCAGUUGUUAUUAUUAAUACUGUUACAAAACUUCCUGCUAGAAUAAAACUGUAAGCUAGACCGAGACCCCAAUUCAGGUCCCAAGUUCGAGUCUCAGUCUAGCACACAUUUUUAAUCUGGCAGGAAGUUUAAUGUCAGUGCACACUCUGCUGCAGAGUGAAAAUUUCAUUCUGGAAUACUGUUACAAUUUUCUUUUAUCUUGGACAUGCAAAUUCAUGCCUCUUUGUAAAAUAUGGCAAGCUAGUGCUAUAGUUAGCCUUCAACUGUGUAGUGCUUCAGUAAAUAAACAAA